UCGUAUUAUAUUAUAGAUAUUAUACAUGAAGUGUCGCUCGUACCGAGCGUAAACCGUAAUGAAUCUAUAAACCACACCCCAUAAGUAACAAAAAAAGUGUUCUGGCACAAUACAUCAUAGAUUUAUAGGAAAAUAAGAAUAAUGAUGUUAAAAGAAUUCGCCGAUCAAUCGACUAUACACGGUCUUCACUAUGUAAGCGACGUCAAGUGUCAUUGGACAGAAAGGUUGUUUUGGUUUAUUUGCUGUACUCUGAGUUGGUUUGGUUCCGCUUUGUUAAUGAUGAACUCCUGGGAAGCGUAUCAGACGAACGCUAUUAGUUUCGUGGUGGAAACCAGCUCCUUGGAGUUUCAAACGACUUUUCCGGCAGUCAGCGUAUGCGAAAUAAACAACGUUGCCAAGAUUCAGAAAUUGGCAAACAAGAUAUUUGGUAACAAUAGGAAUUUCAACUUGGACGAGAUUGUAAAAGAGAUAAUUUACUUCAACGGAAAGUCCUAUUAUAUUAAUGAAUUUUGUAAGACUGGACAAUAUAAUUGCCCGAAAAAUAAUUUCAAUAAAAUAGCCAUGUCUGCAAGAAGUACUUGCGAUGAAGUGUUUUUAAAUUGCACUUGGAAUGACGUCCGUGACUUUGAUUGUUGUAAGCAUUUUGUUCGUACUGAAACAGAACUAGGAAUUUGUUACACACUUACAAUGGAAAACGAAUCGCCAGAUUCUGAUGAUUUCAUUAACAUGUAUUCAAAUCGUGAAACAGGUCCGAGCAAUUUACUCAUAAAAUUGUCAUCUCCUAGUCAGGUUUUUAUUCAUUCAGUAGUAGACGUACCAUAUUAUAAUACAAUAACUUCUGACACUUUACAAUCCAUGGCAGGUAUAUUUAAACAAUAUAAGUUUGUUAUUAAAGACAUUGAAAAUGAAGAUGAAGUCAAAUAUGUUGGCAUUUCACAGCGCAGGUGAGAAGAACAUUUUUUUUUGUGAUCAAAAUAUUAAAUCACUAACAAUUAUUUAUAAAUAUUUGAAAAACUAAUA